AUGUUCUAUUUGACUGUGUUGUGUUACAGCAAUGUCUUGUCCUGUACAGCCGAAUCCGUUGCCAGCAUUAAGGCUUUAUCGGGCAUCAACGUCGCCUCCGUUUGCGGUGUAACUCAACCAUUACUCGUAGGACUGGAAGAAGGCAACUUCGACCGCCUGAGGGAGUUAUCGCCCUUUCAACGCCUGCUCUCACGAUUUGGGUUCGCAAGUAACCAGAAAACCAUCAAGGACGUUAUUGUCCGGGGGACGAUGGCACAAGACAGCAUUGGACCAUUUGUCACCAACCGUCAAUGUACCACAAUGGCAUAUGAAGCGUUGAUUUACCAAGCCUACCGAGGACUUCCGGAGACAUGGACAUCUUGGGAUGUUGAUACCAUUCUUCGUCUUGGACACCGACAACAUAGUCAGUUCCGAUUUGUCGACAGACUCAGUACACACUUGGAUGGCAAAGUGGGAGUGUACCAGUUACCCAACAUCUACAGGGUACAAACUCUUCCAAUGUUUUGUUCGGGUUCCAUGACCGGCGAUAUCUCAUUGCUCCGUGGUGUCAAGAUCAUACAUCUGUCUGACACAGACGGGUGUUACCAGUACGAAAGUAAAGAAACGGCCGGCGCAAUGUCCGGUGUAGCCCCGGAGUUCCCUGUCUUCAUGGCUGAAACAUUCACAACGAAUACCACAGCAGCAGUCAACAUAGUGCUCACUAUCGGGGAGGUGUCCAUGGCAAUCUGGAGGGCAGAAGGCGACACUCGGUUGUGGUUAUUUGACAGUCAUCGGAGAGGCCCUACAGGAGGCGUUCACAUCCUUGGUACUGUGUUUUGCCCCUCUGACCCUGGUGCAGCUCUUGUUCGCUCAUUCCCAGACUUAGACUCACUGAUGACCCACCUUGUUGAACUGGCUGGAACCAAUUUCGUGUAUAGCGCCGCAUUAUUCAGUAUUGACGUGGACCAAGCUGUCUCUUCUAGCACUGAAACCGAAAGACGUCCCAUGGGUGUCGGACAAGGAGGCGAUCCCGACGCCGGUAACGAUUCCACACACCGGGGCAGAUUUAGUGGUUUCUCACGAUGUUGGGGAAAGAAAAAGCAGAAACUUCCUCCUUAGAGGAAAGAAUUUUGAGUGGAAUGCUGGAUACCUUCACAUCUGUCGUCAAACUGCUGUAUAAAAUGGACAGAAAUGACCAUAAGUCCAUUUACGAAAGGAAUAAAGGAAUGCGUUGACUUAUAACUCCGGAGCCUCAAUCAUACAAUCCACGAAUAAAUGUAUGGGGAAAUCUUGCCUAACAUACCUUGAAUACAUAGGAACAGCGGGUGGAUGGUCCUCCUUGUUAGACGUUUCGGCGCUUAUACACGACGUCCUCCAGGGGUGCGCCGACUUGGUUGAUCAGAAAUAUACAGAAAGUACCUAAAUCACACUAAGAAAUGCGUGGAUUGGCCGUACAAGCCCAUGGACGAGAAUGCUGCACAACGCGUGUAUUCCCAAGGAAUGUGAUGCUACAUUCAUGUAUUAUGCACAGUUGUUAAAUAUAUUUCGAAAACAUGCUUGCAUUUAUAAAUGGUCCAAUUGUACGUUGAUCUACUGAUUUUAUUUGUAUUUCGUUAAUCUAUUUGAUCAGUAAAUG